UACUUGGACGCCCUCCUGCCUCCGCUUUUCUUCUUCCCGUCCCUUGCCCUUACUCUUCCCCGACGCCUUGAGCCAUGGGAAUGCGGGGCGGCGGAGAUCGUAAGCGGAGAUGGCGCUUUCCCGUCCAUGGGAGCCGCAGCUUCUGUCUGUGGUGAUGGCGUGAAGGAAUCUGCGCAAUCCAUCCUGAGUGGGGCGGAGGAUCGGGGAUGGUAGUCUUGGAGGUGGCUUGCGACUAUCUUUCUUGCUUCUAGGUGUGCUUUCCGCCUUUCUGGCCGCUGUCUUCUUUAUUUUGGUUUGGAACUGUUCGUUCUUGCCGGAUCUCAUCAGCUGAGGAUUGAAUUGGGGCGGGAGGAAGGAAAAGAAGAGUGUAGGAAUCUGAGAAGACUCUUGGAAGACUUGAAUUGUUGGGUUUUAGUACUGCGAUAUUAUUUCCAAUCUGCAAACUCAGGGGUGUUUAUCCAUAUGAAAUGAACCCUGUGUUAUAGCUCAAAUGUUAAAAUCAUUGUGCUAUGGAAUUCUAUUCUUUUACUUGUUAUCAUCCGCAUCCGCCAUCGAGAUAGGGUAUCAACGAUGCCACUGCGAUGGAGAUGGUUUUUGGGCAGUUGAGAACAUUUUCCGAUGUCAGAAAGUGAGCGAUCUUUUGAUAGCUGCUGCCUACUUCUCCAUUCCACUUGCACUCUUGUAUUUUGCUACAUGUUCCAACCUCUUCCCGUUCAAAUGGAUUGUCAUCCAGUUUGGUGCCUUCAUAGUCUUAUGUGGACUGACACACUUGUUGAAUGUGUUCACAUACGAGCCACAUUCAUUCCUCUUGAUGCUAAGCUUGACCAUUUCCAAAUUUUUUACAGCACUUGUAUCAUUUGCCACAGCAAUAACGCUCCUGACCUUGAUCCCUCAGCUUUUGAGAGUGAAGGUGAGGGAGAACUUCCUGAGAACAAAAGCUCGGGAAUUGGACAGGGAGGUUGGCCUAAUGAAGAGGCAAGAAGAGGCUAGUUGGCAUGUAAGAAUGCUUACUCAAGAGAUUCGCAAAUCACUAGACAGGCAUACCAUACUAUAUACGACUAUGGUUGAGCUUUCAAAGACAUUAGGCCUACAAAAUUGUGCAGUGUGGAUGCCAGAUGAGAAUAAAAAGGUGAUGUACCUAACUCAUGAGCUAAGGUCUAGGAACGCCCUUAAUUUAUACAGUAGCUCUAUUCCUAUUGAUGACCCUGAUAUAUUAGAAGUUAAAGAAACCAUGGGUGUGAAGAUUCUAGGUACUGACUCUGUGCUAGGUUCUGCAAGUAGUGGAGACAGGGUUGAGUCUGGAGCAGUGGCCGCAAUACGCAUGCCAAUGUUAAAGGUAUCUAAUUUCAAAGGUGGAACCCCAGAAGCUGUUAAAACAAGCUAUGCAAUACUGAUUCUGGUCCUCCCCAAGGAUACUUCAAGGGAUUGGAGCAAUCAGGAACUAGAUAUUGUUGAGGUGGUUGCAGAUCAGGUUGCUGUUGCCCUCUCUCAUGCUGCAGUUUUAGAGGAGUCACAAAUUAUGAGAGAGAAGUUGGAGCAACAAAAUCGAGAUCUGCUUCAGGCAAGACAGAAUACUUUACGGGCAAGUGAAGCAAGAAAUCAGUUCCAAGUUGCCAUGAGCCAGGGAAUGAGAAAACCCAUCUAUUCUAUCUUGGGUUUGUUGUCCAUGCUGCAACAAGAACAAUUAAAUCCUGAACAAAGACUGCUUGUUGAUACCAUCACAAAAAGUGGUAAUGUGGUUUCAACAUUGGUCAAUGAUGUGAUGGAAAUUUCUAGAAUAAACAGUGAACAUGUAUCUUUGGUAAUGAGACCCUUCCACCUGCACUCUAUGAUCAAGGAAGCUGUUACUGCUGCAAGAUGUCUUUGCGAUUCUCGGGGAUUUGGUUUUGGAUUUCAAGUGGAAAAUGAAGUGCCUGAUCAGGUUGUUGGGGAUGAGAAGCGAAUUUUUCAUGUGAUACUGCAUAUGGUUGGUACUAUUCUGAAUCAGUGUAAUACUGGAGGAGGGUCUCUUAUAAUCCGAGUUUUGAGGUAUGAUCGGAUCAAAGACAAAGAAGAGCAGGAAUGGCAUGCAUGGAAAUUGGACUUCUAUGACGGUUAUGCUUGUGUGAAGUUUGAUAUUGGAUUAAGAAAAUUAGAAUUUGAAACAUUUAUCUCAUCAUCAGUUCAGCGUUCUCAGAUCACUGAUUCUAAGGGUUUGGAGAUGGGCCUUAGCUUUAGAAUGUUCAAGAGGCUUGUUCAGAUGAUGCAAGGAAAUAUCUGGGAAUUUAAGAAUCCCAAAGGUAUCACGGAAAGCAUCACACUCAUUCUUCAAUUCCAAUUGCAACGGCUGACCACAGUAUCAGAGAGCAGAGGAUCUUUUGAGUUGCAUUCUGUAUCUUCCACACCCAAUUUCAAAGGUCUCAGAGUUCUGCUAGCUGAGAGUGAUGAUACCAACAGGGCAAUUACUCGCAAACUCCUUGAGAAACUGGGUUGCCGUGUGUCAUCUGUCAGUUCUGGAUUUCAAUGCAUUAGCUCAUUUGGCAACCCCGUCACGCCCUAUCAAGUCAUAGUAUUGGACCUUUACAUGCCCCAAAUGGAUGGGUUUGAAGUAGCAAUGAGAAUCAGGAAGUUCAGGAGCAGGUCUUGGCCUUCGAUUGUGGCUUUAUCUGCAAGCACAGAGGGUGAUAUAUGGGAGAAGUGCCUGCAGUCGGGGAUCAAUGGCAUGGUAAGAAAACCCGUAACAUUACAGUCGUUGGGAGAUGAACUGUACAGGGUUCUUCACAAUUCAUAGAGGCUUUCAUGCAACUUGGCACUGAUGAGGUUCAUUCCUGCUCAAAUCUCAAUUUUCCGCCACCUUCUGUAUCCGUUAAGAGUUUUGUAACAGCCAGUGAUGUACAAUUAUGCACACUCAAAAUGUGUAUACAGGAAUCAGGUAAAUCAUAUAAUUGGAAUUGAACCGUCUUCCAAACUCACUCAAAUGAUACUCGGUAGAUGCCGCUAAACACUUCACUGGCUCUCCCUCAAUUUUCAAUAUUGUAAUCGAUUAGUUCAUCGCCCGGCAUUUUGUAAUAUAUUUUGUUGUGGUGAAUAUAUUAUUAAACUAUAUCAUGGUAUAAAAUUGGGUUGUUUUCUUUUUCUU